UCGCUUCAUUCAUGUUUUGUUCUGAUUGAACCAGUUUAUAGAUAUUCUCUGACUCAGACACCAGAGGGCGACGAUGAUUUAAAUGAGGUAGAAAUAAGUUGAAAAAAUUCACGACAGGCUAGAUAUUACGUUAAAAUGUAGGCCUAUUUAAAUCUUUUAAAGAUAAUCUGUAUCAUUGCAGUACUUCAACUGUUCCUCUUUGCACCAGUGUGCCUAAUGUACCUAUUAAGAUUAAGAUUUUGUAAACCAUUUUUGUUCCAUUAUCUGUAUUGUAAGAUUACAAAAGAACAUUUGAAUUCCAAAUGCAUUUAUUGGCAUUGAAUUCUACCAAAUGGUUUACAAUAAAUUACCUUUUUAUGAGCAUUUUUUUGUUUACUAAUCUAGGCAUACCUAUCGAGAGUGGACAUUUAAAAAAAUACACAAAACGUCAUAAAAACGAGACAUUCACUGGUUUAUAGCAUAAAGAGAAGUCCAUUCUCUACAAGCCCCAAGCAAGAUUAUACAGAAUCUGUAUGGCAUUUAGGUCAGCAAUGACUGAGGGUCACAAACGUCAGGAAAGGUCCUGAUGUGCAUUCUUAAAGCAGCAAACCAAUGGAGCUUUUCCAAUAACCAGACAGGCUAGUGCAUAGAAUCACUAUAUCAAAUGUGACUUAUUCCACUGUAGGCAAGGGCAAAGAAGCUGUAAUGUUCUAUAUGUGGAUCAUUUGGCAGUUCAUGCAAGAGUUCACAGUAGGUGUCAUAAUGGACAGUCAUCUACGGUUUGUGCUGCUUCCAAAGAGCUUUCAAAGCCCUGUCAUGACCACAUGUGUGGAGAUCAACUGAUAAGAGAAGGUCGAGGGAAAUUUGAAAGAGCAUCCAGCAGCAGUACACAAACUUGCAGAGCCUGAAAUUACAAAUAUAAAAAUAUGCAAAUUUUGGAUUCACUCAAUGGUGGAUGUGAUUGGUUUAUAUGGAUUCUAGUAACAAAUGAUACAAAUGAAGCACCACUUAAGGGAAUCCAUGAUGGCUAAAAUGAGGAAAGACUGUAGGCUACAUGCUCAGGUGACACUGCAAAAAUGUUUAACUACCCUAUUUGCAUAGCUAAUUAUUCAGUUCGUUGCAUUUGUUAAGAGUUGCAACAAUAUUGUUUAUGAACAAAAUUGUUGAGGACUUUUAUUUGUAUUCUUUCUUACUGUCAAAUGGCAAUAAAAAUAGUCUCAACUUUAUCUAUUCAAAAAUGUUGGCUAAUUUAUUCAAAUUUUAUGCAAUAUUAUAUCCAUUAAAGCAGCACUCCGUUAAAUAUUGUAGUUAAAAUCAAAAUGCCAUUGAGCAAGCACAUUAAAAAUGGUUGUCAAGCAGUGUUCUUACCCUAUUGCACUAGGGCAGGCCUAAAAUUUAAAUUUAAAUUUUGAGAAAUCGGGUCGGAUUGCGCGGGAAAUUGUAGUCUUAUGUCAUUGCGUUAACUUCAUGUCCGUAAACACAGACAAGAUCCGUGUAUGAAGUUUGUUCUUGUUACGUAUAAUUUGAACUAGUCAACUAACCUACAGCAGCAUAAUGAGCAGUUCUACAUGCACCAUAAAAAUACUUCUUUCCAAAAAAUUACUCUUAUAAAACACACCUGAAUACAGGUAUUAAAAUUAAACGGAUAUCAAACAGACACUUCUGUCCCUCAUGUAGCGUUCAAUUGGAGUCUCGUUUGAAUCUUUGUUCAUUACCUUCGUUAAUUAUUAAGCAUGCUCUUAUGGUAUAGUAUUUGAAAUGACUGUAGAAAAACAAACACAUGUAUUUUAUUUUCUAAGACAUUUUAUGAAAAUGUUAUUAUGGUUUUUAUUGUAUUUUUAGUAUAUUUUUUAAUAAAAAGCUUAAAAAAAAUAGUAAUUAAAAAUAAUUUAUUUAUCAAAAACAAGCCCGUUUACACAGUUCCCUCAAAGUCAUUUGCCAAGUAUUCUACACCUCUGACAGGCAUUUCUAUAGAGUGGGAGGUAACCUCUGAAGCGCGCCUGGCUUGAUGCUCAUAUUUAGAGAGCCAUAAGUGUCUGCGGUGUUCAACAUGAAACAUGAGCUCUCAUCUGAACCUCCCAAAAACUUAUAUUACAACCUGCAAUGUUUACAUAUGACGCAAAAGAAUAAAAGAGAGACAGCCGGUUUCACAGAGAGAAGCACCAUGGCGAUGGAUGGCGAUUGUGGCAAUGCCUAAUUCAUAUGACGGAUGUACAGAACCAUGACCGAGAGCAUCACGGUGUGAUUUACACUUUGAGGGAUUUAUAAAUCACCAACAACAACGAUGUCGAUUUUCCCCGUUGUUUUGUUUUGUCACUUGCAUAUGCUUUUUUUAACGAAAAUAUACCUCUGUAUGGAAACUGAUUUUUGUGAACCUGUUCGACUUGACGGUGAAAAUUUCACAAGUCAUGACAAACUGAACAAAGAACUAGUUGUUUACAGAAUAAACGCUUUUAAUCAGGAAUUGUAUCUUAAUCUUCUGCCUGACUCAAGUUUUCUGGCUCCUGACGGCACAUUUCAAUAUGACACCUCAUCUUCAAACGCUUUUGCAGGACCUGCUUUUAGAAGAUGCUUUUACUCCGGUGAUGUUAAUGCAGACAGGAAUUCAUACGCAGCUCUCAGUGUCUGUGGAGGUGUCCGAGGAGCGUUUUCUUAUAACGGGAUGGAGUACCUCAUAGAGCGGAGGUCGACCAACACAGCACCAGGACUGAUCUCAGAUGAUGCUGAUAAAACGCACAUCAUCCGCAGGAGAAGACAUCUGCACGCUCCGAACUCAACAUCUCGGUGCGGAGUUACAUCUGGUUUAAACCCGGGCGUUGUGCAGUCGUUAGAAAAGUACAAACAUGUGAAGGGACAUACAAGGAACUUCACAGAAACUUUGUUGAAAAGCAUGAGCAGAUCGAAAAGAUUCGCCUCUAUACCGAGAUACGUAGAGGUUCUGGUUGUUGCUGAUGAGUCUAUGGCAAAAUUCCACGGUGACGACCUGAAGCAUUACCUUUUGACUCUCAUGUCUGUCACUGCAAAGCUGUACAAACACCACAGUAUCUUGAACGCCAUCAGUAUUGUGGUUGUAAAGCUUAUGGUGAUUAAUGAGGCAGAAAAAGGACCCAAAGUAUCCAGUAACGCGGCACUAACCCUGCGCAAUUUCUGCACCUGGCAGAAGAAGCUGAAUAAGAUCAACGACAAAAACCCAGAGUAUUGGGACACAGCUAUUUUAUUUACAAAGCAGGACCUGUGUGGGGCCACCACAUGUGACACUCUGGGAAUGGCUGAUGUAGGCACCAUGUGUGAUCCUAAGAGGAGCUGCUCAGUUAUUGAAGAUGAUGGUCUCCCCUCUGCCUUCACCACUGCACAUGAACUAGGUCAUGUCUUCAGUAUGCCACAUGACAACGUGAAGGCUUGUGAGGAGGUGUUUGGAAAGUUGAGGGACAACCAUAUGAUGUCUCCCACACUGAUCCAGAUUGACCACAACAUGCCAUGGUCUGUCUGCAGUGCUGCCAUCAUCACAGACUUCCUGGAUUCUGGCCAUGGUGACUGUCUGCUUGAUCAGCCCCAAAAGCUACUGGCUCUUCCAGAGGACCCUCCGGGUGUCAGCUACUCGCUCAGCCGUCAGUGCGAGCUGGCCUUCGGCUCAGGAUCUAAGCCUUGCCCGUAUAUGCAGGCCUGCUCCAAACUGUGGUGCACUGGGAAAGCUAAAGGACAGCUGGUGUGCCAGACUCGCCACUUUCCCUGGGCUGACGGUACUACCUGUGGAAGCAACAAGCUGUGCUACCGGGGGAUUUGUACUGAUAAGCAAAAUACUACCAAAGACAAGGUAGACGGCCGUUGGGGUCGAUGGGGUCUGUAUGGUCCAUGUUCCCGUAUGUGUGGGGGAGGGGUGCAGCUCGCCAAAAGGGACUGUAACAACCCCGUCCCUGAAAACGGGGGCAAGUACUGCCAAGGACUGAGAGUGAAGUAUCGCUCCUGCAACUUAGAGCCUUGUAAAGAUUCAGGAAAGAGCUUUCGAGAGGAGCAGUGUGAGUCGUUCAAUGGCAUUAGUCUGAACACUAACAGACUGAGUCCGUCUGUAGUCUGGGUCCCGAAAUACUCUGGAGUCUCUGUUAAGGACAGAUGCAAGCUCAUUUGCCGAGCCAAUGGCACUGGAUACUUCUAUGUCCUUGCGCCGAAGGUGGUGGACGGAACCCCUUGUUCUCCUGAUACCUCAGCGGUCUGUGUUCAAGGAAAGUGCAUCAAAGCUGGCUGUGAUGGCAAACUGAGCUCCAACAUGAAGUUUGACAAGUGUGGUGUGUGUGGUGGUGACAACCAAAACUGCAAGAAAGUCUCUGGAAUGUUCACAAAACCCAUGCAUGGAUAUAACUUUGUGGUGACUCUACCGGUUGGAGCUGCAAAUGUGGACGUAAGGCAGCGCGGUUACCGCGGUUUGAUUAACGAUGACAACUAUUUAGCAGUAAAGAAUGCCCAAGGCAAAUAUCUGCUGAAUGGAAACUUUGUGGUUUCAGCGGUAGAAAAAGACAUUAUCGUAAAGGGAAGUUUGCUGCGCUACAGUGGAACUGGCACAUCGGUGGAGACGCUGCAGGCCACUAGACCUCUCAAAGAGUCUCUCACUGUGGAACUGUUGUCGGUGGGUAAAAUGACACCGCCUCGCGUGCGCUACUCCUACUACCUGACUGUGGGAAAUAAGGAGGGCAAGAUCUUAAAGAAGGAGGAGAGGAACCCCACGCAUAACAGCGUGCUGGAAGACAGCAAUAAAGUGGAACUGAAGAAGCCGGCCUAUCAGACGCCAUCUUAUAAGUGGGUAGCGGUGGAUUGGAAUAAGUGUUCAGUUACCUGUGGGAACGGGGUCCAAAGUAGAUUGAUACAGUGUUUGGACUCAUAUGGGGAAACAGCCACACAUUGUGACAGCACUCAAAGGCCUAGUACCAUGAGGGUGUGUGGUGACCCUUGCCCAACGUGGAGCAUCGGCGAAUGGUCCUCAUGCUCUAAAACCUGCGGGAAAGGCUAUAAGAGACGCCCACUACGAUGCAUCACUCAGACUGGGCUGCUUUUACCUAGAGACCACUGCUCAAGUAAAAGAAAGCCACAGGAACUGGACUUUUGCACCAUUCGGCCCUGCUAGUGACCCAUUCUGUGUGUUCUGGGACCCAUUUUAUGGAGCCAAAGCAAAAGCAGUGAACUUUUUACUUGUGCAUCCUGUGGUGCCUCACUCUUUGUAAUGGGAAUAUUGUCAUGAAAUAAAGACAAAUGAUGUCUUUUACCAAGCUGAUGAGAAAUUUUACCAUGUUACAUUUUUAGGUAUAGUUGGAUAUCACCUACCUCGAAAAGGACGGUGUUUUAAAGCAACCAAAUAACACAGACCACUUACAGUUGUAAAAUGUUAUGUUAUGGCAUUAACUGUCACAAAAACAGACUUUUACAGCAUUUCCUCUGCAUGUGGUUUGUCGAUAAAGUGAAGAUAUCAGAUUUGAGGCAAAAGUGUUUGAGUUUGUAUUCAGACUUUAUAUACAUGUGAAUAACUUGAUCUAAAUGUGAAGCAUAUUGUAUGCCAAAAUAGGGCAUCUUGGUCCAUGCACUAUUGAUCAUUUGUAUUCGUAUAUUAAGAUGAGCUAGUCAGUAGAUUAAAGCAUUCCUAAUCAUUAAAGGUUCAACAAGCAGAAUUUAGGAUUACAUUCAAGUUUAGAGAAGACAAAACAAUGUCGCCAAAAGUACGAUUUUAGUUUGGGUUUAAUAAAAGUAAUCAGUAUCGCACCCUGUCAUUUUGGGCAGAUCCUAAACUAAUAUUUACAUUAAUAAAAUAAAUAAUGUUAAUGUUUAAUAAAAUAGUACUGUACACAAAGGGAUGGCAAUAAACUUUAUCAGUUCAGUUAUCUAUAUAAGUGUACCAUAAGAAAGUCUUUGAGUCUCGUAAAACUGAACUCUGCUAAAAGACACUGAUGCAAAUAUUGUACCAAGGCUUCCCUACAAGUACUAAAUCCAGUUUUGAUUAUGGGUGAAUACAUGUUAAGUGGGACACUUUCUAAAAUAUGAUGCCAAAUGGCUGAACCUCGUAUUCCAUUUUAAACAGCUAAACUGUCUACAGUAUACAGAGGUGAAAAAAGAAGAAAUAUUAAACAUAAAAAUACAAGUGUCUUAUUUUGCCUGUAUUCACACUACACAUGCAGCUGCUAUGGCCACUGUGAUUUUAGUAAAGUCACCAUGUUUCUUGGAUGGAAAAGCAAGUGUUUUAUUGUAAAUGAAUUAGAUGUAUUCUCUGCUGGAUUUAUGAAGAUACUUUGUCAUUUGUGCAAACAACCCAUGUAAACCAGAUGUUGUUGCUGAGAGCAUUUCAUUAAUUUAAAAGGUGCUCCCUUGUUUCAUUUUGGGUUUUUCUUUCUCUCAUCUUUUGAUGUUAAUACAGCAAAAGGCACUUAUGUUUUUUAUUGGAAUUUGUUGUAUACUAUGUAUACAUCCAUCAACUGUGCACAAAUAAAUACAGAAAUUACAUGAAAUGUUUAAA